AUGUCCUUCGAGUACAGAUCCGUAGGCUUCAUCGGCCUGGGGGCGAUGGGAAAACCAAUGGCAGAACACCUAGCAAAGAAACUUCCGUCAGAGACACUUAUUUAUGUUUUCGAUGUUGUGCAAGCCGCGAUAGACCAGUUAUGUACAGAGUUUCCAAACAAGGUGGUCAAAAGUGCCAACGCAAAAGAUCUUGCUGAGAAAAGCGAUAUCAUCGUAACAAUGGUUCCAGAAGGAGCACAAGUCAAAUCCGUGUAUCUCGACCCUCAAACCGGAAUCUGUUCAACAGAUGUCUCGAAAAAGCUGUUAAUCGACUGCUCAACCAUUGAUACCGCAACGAGUCUCCUCGUCAAGGACCACAUUUACCAAAACUUCCCUACGGCCUCAUUCUACGAUGCCCCUGUUAGUGGAGGUGUUGUUGGCGCUGUCAAGGGAACGAUUGCCAUUUUCCUCGGGUGCUCAGAGAGCGAUACGAACCUGCCUCGACUUACUCACUUGCUUCAAAUGAUGGGGAAAAGCGUUAUUCCUUGCGGCGGACCCUCACUUGGCCUCGCAGCAAAGCUCUCCAAUAACUACCUCUCCGGAAUAAUCGCCAUUGCUGCCUCCGAAGCAUUCGACAUGGGCAUGCGCUCAGGUCUCGACCCUCGCGUGCUGCAAAAGGUUUACGCCGCAGGUACUGCGCAGAAUACGAUUUGUGAUAAAUUUACUCCGGUCCCCGGAGUGUAUGCCGAGGCGCCCAGUAGUAAUGAGUAUAAGAAUGGGUUUAAGGUGCAGCUUAUGAGGAAAGAUUUUGGGCUGGCGGUCGAUAUGGCGAGGAGAGUGGGUUCAAGGAAUGUCCUUGGAGAGGUUGGACUAAAGACUUAUACUGAUGCGAUGAAUGACCCGAGGUGUAGAGAUUUGGAUUCGAGGGUUAUUUAUAGAUUUUUGGGUGGGAAUGAGGACUGGAAGGGGAAAGAUGGGAUAGACCACUGGGACCUUCACCAUCAAAGAACUUAG